CCUCCACGCCAUGAACAGCGCCCCGAGGGAUGCCCCGGCCCUGGGCCACCGUGAGUGCCUCCUGUCCGCUGUGGCUCGCACCCCCUCGGUCACCCAGGUCCCGCCAGCCAAGAAGAUUACCUUCCUCAAGCGUGGGGAUCCCCGGUUUGCGGGGGUCCGCCUGGCUGUGCACCAGCGCACCUUCAAGAGCUUCAGCGCCCUCAUGGACGAGCUCUCCCAGCGCGUGCCUCUGUCCUUUGGGGUGCGCUCUGUCACCACCCCCGGGGGCCUGCAUGGCCUCAGCGCCCUGGAGCAGCUUGAAGAUGGAGGCUGCUACCUCUGCUCUGACAAGAAGCCCCCCAAGCCCCCCAGCGGGCCAGGCCGGCCGCUGGGGAGAAGCCCUGCCACCCAACCGGCGCGGGAUUCCGAAGGCCGGCGUGAGGCCCCGGGAACAUCCUCCUCCUCGAAGGGUCUUAAAGCCCCAAGGAAGGUAGUGCUGGUUAAGAACACAGACCCCAGACUCCAGCAGACGGUGGUUCUCAGCCAGAGAAACACUAGGAACCUGGCGGCCUUUCUCAGCAAAGCCUCGGAUGUCCUGUGCUUUCCCGUGAAGCAGGUGUACACAGCCAGUGGAAAAAAGGUGGACUCCCUGCAGGCCCUGCUGCACAGCCCCUCCGUGCUGGUGUGCGCCGGCAACGAGGCCUUCAGACCUCUGGCCACGGAAGAUGCCAGAAGAAAUGGGAUGGAAGCAUCUGGGCUGACUUCAAGGACCAAAACCGGGACCUGGGGACCGAAGGCCAAGCAGAGCGUGAUCCACUUGAGAUCCCGGCCGGGCAGCAGGGCACAGCCGCCAGAGGCAGGGGGUCCUGGCCCCAACAGGCAGGACACGCCCGCCCAGCCUGGGCACUGGGUGGCUGGGGACGACAUGAAGAAGAAGGUCUGCAUGAACGAGGACGGCAGCCUGUCCGUGGAGAUGAAAGUUCGCUUCCACUUGCUCGGAGGGGACACGCUCCUGUGGUCCCAGAGGGUGGGGAGGGCCAGCACCCUCACCGCAGCCAGUGAGGAGGGCACCGAGCUGGGAGAGAUGGGCCCCCUCUGCUAUGCGUGGAAUGGCCAUCCAGGGGGCUGCUCGGAGCCCGGGGCAUGUGGAGCCAGGCCCUGUGCUGCAGGAUGCCAGGAAGCCUUUGGCCGGGGCGGGCAGCUGGGCCCCAGGUGCGAGAUCUGGACAAAUCCCCUUCAUGCCUCCGGGGGAGAGAGACCAGCUUCUCGGAGGAGGUGGGGACUGGCCCAGCAUUUUUGCUGCAGGGGCCCCUGGACCCAAGGGGCCGCCAGCAAGGAGAGGUGCAGCCAGGAUAGCACCAGCCUGGCCUCCAGCGCUGGCCACCCUGAGGGCUCCGAGCCAGUCUCUUCCAGCUGCCCCAGGACCCUGGAUGGCGGCGUGGGCGGCAUCGGCCUCUCUGCUCAGAGAGGGACAGAGCAGGAAGCUGUCAGGGGCCCCAGUGGGGGCAUCCAGGGGCAGUGCAGAUGCCUGGCACGUGGGGCCCAAGGCGAGGACGGAGAUCCCUCCGAUUCAUCAGCCAGUGCCAGGUCUCACGAGGUGUCCAGAGCCUGGGGCUGCCGGGGUUGCCAGGGCAAGGCGAAGCCCAAGACUUCCCAGUGGGAGGCCAUGCAGCGAGGAGACCCCGGAUCUCCCACUCUGAGUUUCUCGUCUUUCAGGAAUGAAGACCCAGAGGCAGAAAUGCAUGGACAAGGCAGUGGGCAUUCCUGCUCCUGGGACGAAGAAGAAGGCUCCUCCCCACUUCCUGCCUGUGCCUUGGCCCAGCAGCUGGGAGGGACGCAGAAGAGCCUGGCUAGGGCCGUGUCCUCACCCAGCAUCCCUGGCCUUGGCCAAGGGGCCCAGAGAGGCCACGCCAGGCAGGAUCGCCCCCACAGGGACUCCCACUGCCCACUGAACUCGCCUGCAGCCAAGUAUGCCCCGAGGCCUCCUGGCCAGGGAAGGGCCUGCCCGGACAGCCCAGCGCCACGAUUUUCCGGAAGCCCAGUGGGCACCAGCACACGGGCCUCUGGGGAUCUGAGCCCUCCCUCGUCGGGCUCUUUCCAUUCCCAGGACCUGCCAGGAGCCAGCAACGCCCCCAUCACACCUGCGAGCGACUCGGAGGGUGCCCCUGGCGAAUACUCCCACGACGCUCCCUCUGCUGGGUGGGCUGGGGACGCAGGGUCUGGGGCGUGCUCAGUGGUCCCCAGGCCACCCCAAACACCGCGCUCCGGCUCGGUCAGAACCCCCGAGCUUUCCCCGCCGUCGGGUCGGCACACUGGACGGGCCGGGUCAGGGGAUCCGGGAGCCCCCCCAGGCCCCUGCUGCUCACAGACGGCCCCAGGGGCCCCCCGCGGGCCCUCCUCUUCUGAGGCCCCCUGGGCAGGCAGCAGGUACUGCCCCACCCCUCCCAGGGGCCGGCCGUGCGCCCGCCAGCGCUCUUCCAGCUGUGGCAGCAUCCACGGUGCUCCCUCAGGGCCGGGUGGGAGCCCACAGGAGGCGGAGACACCCCCAGGGGGGCACACGCCGGCCUCAGGCCCCAACUCCAGGGAGGCUGGGAGAAGCAUGCCCAGCUCCAGAGGGAGGUCUGGGGGGCUGUCUCCGGGGAAGGAUGCACAGGGUGGGGGAGGCCCGGAGGAGCAGGGCCAGGGUGGCGGCGUGUCGCCUGGGGCUCUGCCCCAGGCCUCGCCAGAGGCCGUGGUCCGCGCGUGGCUGGGCAACAUCCCCGAAGAGCCCAUGCUCGUGAAAUAUGAGAUGGUGGACGAGACCCCCCGGGCGGUCGGAGAGGUCCUGGAAGGCCCCGCAGAGGACCCCGGGGACGACCCUUCUCCCAGAGGCCUGGGGGAGGUGGCUACAUCUGGGCAAGGCCCCCUGGAAGUGGAGGCCAGGAAGACCCCAGAGCCAGAGGGAGCGCUCCCGGCAAUGGGGGAUGCCGCUCUCCGGUCGGAAGAGGGUCCUUCCCAGGGGACAGCUCCGAGAGGGGUUUCUGGAGCCCCAGAGAGGGCCGAGGCGGGCCGAGGGGUGGGCCAGGGUGUGCUCCCCAGCAGGGUGUCAGCAUCCGCCCAGAUCAUGAAGGCCCUGAUGGACUCCAAGCAGGGCCGGCCCAGCAGCCUGCCUGAGCUGUCCAGCCCGGUGGCCGGGAGGCUCAGUCGCUCAGCCGGGGCCCUCAUCACCUGUCUUGCCAGGCUGCGGUUCUUUGACGACGACCUUGGGUCUCCUGCUGCCGGCAAAGGGAGGCUCACGGAUUCCCCUCGGUACCGGGAGCUGCUGAGUCUCUCGCAGGCCCUGUGGCCCGGGUGCGACCCGGGGCGAGGCCAGCUGGACGCUGGCCUCCAGGAGGCUACGUGGAGCCCUUCAGGCCUCGGAUGCCAUGCCGUGACCGAGGACCUCUCGCCCACGUCCUCCUCGGGCGUGGACGUCAGCAGUGGCUCUGGUGGCUCUGGCGGCUCCGGGGAGAGCAGCGUCCCCUGUGCCACCGACAGUGCCCUGGUCCCUGAGAGGACAGAGCUGCCCCUGACAGUCUCCUGCCAGACGCCUGGCUCUAGAACCUCAGAGAACCCGGAGGACCUGGGAAGCAGGCAGCAGAGCGGUUCCCCAGCCGCCUCUCUCCCCCAAGCCCUCGCUUGCGGCACCAGCAUGGAUGGAGCCGAGGGAGGCGGGGAACAGGCAGCCGGCGAGGGCUUGGAGCAGCUGGUUGCAGGCACCGGGCAAGAUGAGGGGGCACGGCCAGAGGGACUUGACGAAGGAGGAGAAAGGGAGACGCCGGAAGGGGGUGUCAGAGAGGAAGGGCUUUCAGAAGGGACUGUCGGCAGCGGGUGGACACUGGCAGGGGCCCGAGCUCCAUGUGGGUACUCAGAGGAUGCAGGGAGAGUCGCUGGCUCUGCAGAGGGGUUCCCCGUUGAGAGGAGAGAGGAGCCCACUGAGCCCCCCAGUCAUCUCAGGGCGGGGGACUCCAGUGCCAGUGAGGGCCCGAGUGGUCCCCAGCUGGAGCCCGGUCUGGGAAGGCCUCCUGGAGUUGCCGAGAUGGAGGGCGUGCAGACCCAGGCCCCGCCUGCCCCGGGUGCCGGGGAGAAGCAGCCUUCUGGGGUCUGCAGGGCGUCUCUGGAGGCCGACCCCAUCGGGGUGUCUGCGCUGCUGAAGAAGAUGGAGAAGGCCUUUCUGGCCCACCUGGCCAGCGCCGUGGCCGAGCUCCGGGCGCGCUGGGGCCUGCAGGACCACGACCUGCUGGACCAGCUGGCGGCCGAGCUGCAGCAGGACGUGGGCCAGCGCCUGCGAGACAGCACCGAGAGGGAGCUCCGGAAGGUGCAUGGCCGGACAGGGAGGACGGCCCUCCGCGGGGAGCUGUCCCUGCAGACCGAGCAGCGCCGGCGCCGUCUCCAAAGCCUGCACAACCUCUCGGCCUUCACUGAGGGCACCUUGAGCCCGGGGCCCCGUUCCCUCACCCUGGAGGACGGACGAGCCCUCAGCAGGGCCCUGGGGACCCCGCCGCGGGGCAAGGAGGCCGAGGGGGAAGAGUUCUGUCCCUGCGAGGCCUGCGUGAGGAAGAAAGCGAGCCCUGUGUCUCCGAGGAGGCUGGCUGUGGGGGCCGCCAAAGCCCCCAUCCAAGAGGCCUUUGACCUGCGGCAAAUUCUGCAGAGGAAGAAAGGCGGGCGCAUGGACGGGGAGAAAGCAGAGGUGGCCCCUGAGGAGCCAGGGACAGAGCCGCUUCGGGAGGACGUCUCGGGGACCUGGACUGGCCCGCGAGCGGAUGGAGGGCCGGAGCUGGGGCUCGACCUGAGUCCUGGGCUGGAGGAGCGGGAGGCAGGGGAGGGGGGAGAGGAGGGGGGAGAGAGAGAGGAGGGAGGAGACAGGAAGGUGAUAGCGGAGGGGAAUAGGGUCGCGCAGGUGGAGGCCUACGGGAUCCGGAGGCCGCAUCCGGGGGGGUCCCUCCUGCGGGAGGAAACGUCGCGCGGAUGUACCCAGAGAGUUCCACCUCUGAGCAAGAAGGGACCCCUUCGGGCCCAAGGACUCCCGAGCCGGAGGCGGCUGAAGGCUCUGAACUCCAAGAGGAGGCCGGAAGCCUCACCUUGA